AUGGUAAGGCCAAUUCCAUUAAGUACCCAAUUCCAAGCACCCUUCCUCUCCUCCCCAAUCCCUCUCGCCAUAGCCAUAUUUGUUUCCAUUUCUCUACUCGUAUCUCUCUGCGCCAAACACGCCAGAAUCCAAAUUGCCAAAAAAUUGUCUUCAUCGUCUUCCGACGAUUCAAACAAGCUUAAGGCCGUGUUUGGAUCGCCUAAGCGCCUAGUCACCGCCAUAAGCCAGAAGGCGAUGGUCCCACUGGUGCUGCUGCAGCAGGUCAAGAAGAACAAUAGCAACAACAAAGGCCCGAAUGAAAAUGACGGCGCCACCGCCGGAGUGUGGCGUAAGGCCAUCCUCAUGGGGGAGAAGUGCCAGCCCCUCGACUUCUCCGGCGUUAUAUUCUAUGAUUACGAUGGCAACCGGGUGUCUGAACUGCCCAAGUCACCUUGCCGGGCGGCGGCGUUCGCCGCCGGCAGCCCUUUGCGGAAUUUUGACGGCCGGAGUUUGGACACGUCUGCAGUUUACUGA